CCGCCGCGGCCCCAGGACAUGGAGGCGCCGGGAGCGCGGCCGGAAGGGCUCCGGCCCCACGCGCGGCUGCCCUGGCCUCCCGCGUGCCCCUGACCAGACCCCCGCCGCCCCCGAGGCCCAGCCCAGACCUGGAGCUCACUCACCUCCAGGACCUGGCGCCCGCCCUCCCGCCCACGAUGACUCACCAUUCUUUCUAGCCCGAGCGUGGAAGUGUGAUGGGGAGCCAGGCUGCCCGCGUGUGCAGCUAGGGUUCCCUCGCCAGCUGAUCCGCUCUGCGAGGAAAAGCGCCCCCGCCCCUGCCUCCCAGCCACGCCGUGUCCCCGGCUCCCAGAGGGCCCCCGGGCUCCCCCGCAGGGGCCCAGGCCCAUGCGCCCGCCUCUCCCGGCCCCACCGGAGGCAGCACCCUGAGCUCCUGCCGCCGGGCAGCGGGCAGGCAGGCGUGUAGCGUGAGGCGCCCCUCUCGGCCCCCACUAUGACCGUGGCCACCGGAGAGCCGGCGGACGAGGCCGCGGCCCUCCCGGGGCACCCGCAGGACACCUACGACCCCGAGGCCGACCACGAGUGCUGCGAGCGGGUGGUGAUCAACAUCUCGGGGCUGCGCUUCGAGACGCAGCUGAAGACCCUGGCCCAGUUCCCCGAGACCCUCCUGGGGGACCCCAAGAAGCGGAUGCGCUACUUCGACCCGCUCCGCAACGAGUACUUCUUCGACCGCAACCGGCCCAGCUUCGACGCCAUCCUCUACUACUACCAGUCGGGCGGCCGCCUGCGCCGCCCCGUGAACGUGCCGCUGGACAUCUUCUCCGAGGAGAUCCGCUUCUACGAGCUGGGCGAGGAGGCCAUGGAGAUGUUCCGGGAGGACGAGGGCUACAUCAAGGAGGAGGAGCGGCCGCUGCCCGAGAACGAGUUCCAGCGGCAGGUGUGGCUGCUCUUCGAGUACCCGGAGAGCUCGGGGCCCGCCCGGAUCAUCGCCAUCGUGUCCGUCAUGGUCAUCCUGAUCUCCAUCGUCAGCUUCUGCCUGGAGACGCUGCCCAUCUUCCGGGACGAGAACGAGGACAUGCAUGGCGGCGGCGGCGGCGGCGGGGUCGUGACCUUCCACGCCUACGCCAACAGCACGGUGGGCUACCAGCCGACCACCUCCUUCACCGACCCCUUCUUCAUCGUGGAGACGCUGUGCAUCAUCUGGUUCUCCUUCGAGUUCCUGGUGCGCUUCUUCGCCUGCCCCAGCAAGGCCGGCUUCUUCACCAACAUCAUGAACAUCAUCGACAUCGUGGCCAUCAUCCCCUACUUCAUCACGCUGGGCACGGAGCUGGCCGAGAAGCCCGAGGACGCCCAGCAGGGCCAGCAGGCCAUGUCGCUGGCCAUCCUCCGCGUCAUCCGGCUGGUAAGAGUCUUUCGGAUUUUCAAGCUGUCCCGCCACUCCAAGGGCCUGCAGAUCCUGGGGCAGACCCUCAAGGCCAGCAUGCGGGAGCUGGGCCUCCUGAUCUUCUUCCUCUUCAUCGGGGUCAUCCUGUUCUCCAGCGCCGUGUACUUCGCGGAGGCCGAUGAGAAAGAGUCCCAGUUCCCUAGCAUCCCCGACGCCUUCUGGUGGGCCGUGGUCUCCAUGACCACCGUGGGCUACGGGGACAUGGUCCCGACCACCAUCGGCGGCAAGAUCGUGGGCUCACUCUGCGCCAUCGCCGGCGUGCUCACCAUCGCCCUGCCGGUCCCCGUCAUCGUGUCCAACUUCAACUACUUCUACCACCGGGAGACGGAGGGCGAGGAGCAGGCCCAGUACUUGCAAGUGACAAGCUGCCCCAAGAUCCCGUCCUCCCCUGACCUAAAGAAAAGCAGAAGUGCCUCCACCAUCAGCAAGUCCGACUACAUGGAGAUCCAGGAGGGGGUGAACAACAGCAACGAGGACUUUAGGGAGGAGAACUUGAAAACGGCCAACUGCACGCUGGCCAACACAAACUAUGUGAACAUCACCAAGAUGCUAACCGACGUCUGACGGCAGCCCCUCCUGUGAGCGCGCCCGCAGCUCCGCGGGCCUGAGCGCAGGCCGUGCGUUGCAUAACAACAGCCUGCGCGGCAGUCGGUCUGUUUCCAAGGUGUGUCACCCGGUCCUGCAUGGGAAGCAGUUAGUCGUGCAAGUGACAUCUUUUGAUUUUUGGCUUAGAACACAGAGUAGCUAUGUCCAUGGCUUUUCACGCGAACCUUCGCUGCCGCCGGCUCCAGGGGGUUUCCAAAGAGGGCAGCUGCCUGUGGAGCCGGGAUCUUGAGGGGCCACCUCAUAGCACAUACAUACCCUGAGACCCCCCCUUUCCCUCCCUGGGUUAAUGCACACAGCAUCCAGGAGAGGCACACACACCCCCUGCACCCCUCUCCUUUCCCCCCUCCCCCCUCAGGCCCUCCCAUCGGAG